AUGUUUGGCUUUUGCGCUUAUACCGUGUGGGAUAAAUUCGUUUGGACCCCUUUUAUCACUUUCGUACUCCAAGAAGCAGAGGAGGAAGAAACGUUGGAAGAGGAACAUGAACCCGGACGGGAGCUCACCAAUACUAAGGAUGAGGAUGAAGAUGAUCCACUCUUCGUCCCCUUGGCUAUGCCCAGCCCCGUCAAGGGAGACUUAUACUCUCGAGACGACCCAGAGUGGCAGAACUUCAUCAAGAUUUCCAACGAUAAGAAGUUCUUGGAGAAAUUGAAGCUUGAACUUGCGGACCUAGUGCAGUCGGCACUCGCAAAGGACCCGGAUCUGUCCAAACAAAUGGGACAACCCAUUUCGGUCAAUCAAGCCAUACUUACACCUGUGUUCCCGAGCAGAGCACCCCCGGAAUACGACCAACUUGGGUUCGAGUUUCUGGACGAUGGCAGUGUCGACGCAGUUAUACGGCGACUUCCUUUAGAAGAAGGAGGUCGGUUCCGCGAUAUCGUGCUCCCAACGCCCCUCUUUUUUGCUAUACUCGGAGCAGGGUUGGCGUUUUUCGAGCUCAAGAUGGCCAGACUCAAAUCAUUUUUGGGUGGUAAUUCAAAUCGACCUCAAGAAGGGGGACAGGGAAUCGGCUCCCGCCAGGGCUUGCCGUCUUCGUUUGAACCUGGAACUCCGCAAAGCAGGACAGCUUUGCCGCACAAUCAGUCAAACUAUCCUCGAGGUACUUCCCUACAGGAGAGCAUUCCCAAAGUUGAAAGCUCCUCAGAACUCCACUCCAACGAAAAUUCAACCGUCAAAUCGUUCCUUUCUUUCGCACCCAAACCAGACCCUGAUUUAUUAGUGGUCACAAAGAUUUUCCAUUCCAUAUUUAACGACUUGUCUCAUGGCUUGUCUAUCCCCCGGGGCUCCUUUGCCGUACGAGGAUUGAUCGGGUUAAAGGGCUCAAGAGGAGUCUGCACGAUUGGUGCCACCGGAAUAUAUGACCCUGUCCAAAAGUCCUGGACCGGUUUGCGGCUUAAGCUAAAAACACUUAGCCCUAGAGUCCCGGAAAGCCCGACGAGUACGUGA